AUGUCGGAAGAAACAACACAACCAUCGGCGGAAGCACCGCAAGCUGCCACAAUUUCUUUGAAUGUAGAAGGCGCGGAAGUUAAAGUUGAGGCUGAAAAGAAAGAAGAAGAGGCAGUUCCCGUGAAAGAAGAAGCACAACAAGAGACAUCUGAAAUUGUUGAAACGAACCAUUCUUCUCCAGUUCCAAACAAAAUUUCUUCCGGACCUCCACUAAAAGGGCAAUACGUUCGACUUCGUGGUCUUCCCUUCAAUGCGACUGAAAAAGAUAUACAAGAAUUUUUCUCGGGCUUGGGAGUCAAACGAGUGAAAUUUGUUUGCACCACAGGUCGUCCAAAUGGAGAAGCAUAUGUCGAGUUCAAAACUCAAGAUGAUGCUGGAAAAGCUAUGGAGAAUGAUAGAAAAGAAAUGAGUAAUCGAUAUAUUGAGAUUUUCUCAGUCACUGAUGUUGAAGGUGAGUUUGAGUUUCGUCCUGAUCCAGAUGGAAACGGCGAAGAGAAUCAUGUUGUUCGUCUACGUGGAAUUCCAUGGUCGUGCAAAGAAGAAGAUAUUAAUCAGUUUUUCGAUGGGCUAGAACCACUACCGGCAGAAAUUGUUAUCGGCGGGACGGGUGGGCCGAGAUCGCGACCAUCUGGGGAGGCGUUUGUUCGAUUUGCAACGCAAGCAGCAGCCGAGGCAGCAAUGGAAUACAAUAACAGGCACAUGGGAACGAGAUAUAUCGAAGUAUUCAUGUCAAGCAUGGUUGAGUUGAAUCGUGCCAAAGGAGGAGGAUCAUCUGCUGGUUCGUACGAACGUACCGGAAUUCGCCCGUUAAUGUCUCUGGAUAGAUCGGAUUCCGGAUACGGUCAGGCAAGAGGUGGAAGCGGCGGAUAUGGGUCUGGCGGAUAUUCGGGCGGUUAUGAUGAAUACAGUCAAGGAGCAUACGGUCGCCAAGACUAUGGAGGAUACAGUUCAUACGAUCAAGGAGGAUAUGGAAGCGAUUACGGAAAAGGAGGUGCCAGUGACGAGCCAUUGAGAAUUUAUAUGCGCGGUCUGCCUUACGAUGCUGAUCAUUACGCAAUUGAAGCUUUCUUCUCACCUCUACGCUGCCAUUCUAUUAAACUUGGUAUAAACGAUACAGGACGACCAUCCGGAGAUGCGAUUGCUGAGUUCGACAGUUACAAUGAUUUGCAGGCUGGUUUGAGCAAAAACAAUCAGCGGAUGGGAAGAAGAUAUGUCGAGCUGUUCGAUACUCGUGGUGCACCAGGACCAAUGCGUCGACUUCUUUGGAAGGAAACAAGCGGACCAAACAUGUUGGCAGAACCAGCUCUGGAUCCAGUGCUAAAUGGAGGAAAACGGUCAGCUCCACGUGAAACCGGAUACCGAGCUGGGCCACAAGCGAUGCCACCUUCAUACAGAGAGCCAAGAGAUCCAUACGGUCCACGAGCUCCAAGAGCAUACGAUAGGGAACCAGCACCUCCACGUGGAGCUCCAGCUAGAGCUCCCGCACCUGCACAUGGAAGAGCUCCAGAUCCGUGGGGAAGUUAUGGAGCAUCAAGUGCUGCAACUUAUGAACAGAGCACUGCUACUGCAGGAUACAGUGGUACAUGGGAUACAUACUCUGGAUAUGGAACUACUGCAGCGCAACCUGCUUAUUCAGCUCAUUCCGCUCAUUCCGCUUAUGGAUCUCCUGGUAAUUCUGUUUAUGGGGCGUCUAUCGGAGCGUCGUAUGAUCGGCAAAGAGAAUCGAGAGACACACAGUCCGCAUGGGCACAACAGCAACAGCCUGCUUAUGGAGGUUGGGGAUCUGGAGCCGGAGCUGGCGAUCGUAGAGGAGGAUAUUAA